UUACGACGGUGCAAGGAAAAAGAUUAGCGUCGGCAAAGAGUGAGGCCUUCGAGAGUGAAACAAACCAAAAAUUCUGCACAGGCUGCACAAAUUUGUGCUAUGACUUCAGCAACCGAGAAUGCUCGGCACCAGACUUCUUCAGGAGUCCUUAGCCAAUCUAGUCCAGAUACUGGUCUUUUUGGAAUUUCCAGUAAGGAUCAAAAUUCCGCAGCUUUAGAAAUUAAAAUGGCAAAGCUGAUUGCGCUAGAGAAAGGCGAUUCAACCGACUGCACUUUUGCUGUGGGUCCUAAUCAUAUGCUGAUUCACGCCAGCAAAUUUGACAUGAGUGUUGCGAGUGAAGCGUUUAAGGCCAUGUUCCGAAGUCAUCUCACGAAGCCUGGUGCAACAAUUAAACUUGACCAUGCUGAUCCAUGCAUCUUUAAAAUGAUGAUAGAGUUUAUUCACACUGGAUCGUUUAAAUACGGGCUAAGAAAUAGCGAGGAAGCCGUUAAGCUUUUGCUGCUUGCUGAUGAGUAUCUGGUCUGCCCUCUAGUUGACCUCUUAGUCGAUGCCAUUGAAACACAUUUUUUGAGCAUUCAAACCGUCUGGUUCAUCCUUGAUAACGCGGUCCAUAUUAAAAAAAUGGCUGAUAUUUGCAGCAAGCUCUUAGCUAUGAAAACAGAGGAGUGUUUGGAGCAGCCAUCAUUCCUUGACAUCUCGAAGAAGACAUUAGAGUACUUUCUGAGUUUCAAUGAAAUGAAUAUAAGCUCCGAAUUGGUUCUCUUGGAGGCUUGCAUGAAAAUUGCCCGGAAUAACAAAUGCAGAGAGAAAGAGUACAUGAAUGCUGCUCUGCCGCACCUGCGUCUAUUAGCUCUCAAAAAGCCAGAGGAAAUUUGGGAAGUAUCGGAAUAUCUGAGUGAGGAUCAGAAAAAUCUUGUUGCUCGCAAAUUCUUUUUUAAGGACAAGAGUGUUGCUAUGCCACAAGGCUUAUGUGGUAUUGAGAAGCCACGAGAAGGCAGUAUCCCGCUCAAGGGAUCUUUCAUAGUGAUACCUGAUGAAGUCCUUAACGCGCAUCCUGUUAGCACUUGGAUCCAAAUUCAACACGACUACUAUGCUACCUUCACAUUUGAGACCUGCUUUCCUGUCAAAAUAACUAGGGCUACAAUAGUAUGCGAAGUGAGCACUUUUUAUGGAAACAUUCAGAGCUGGUUGAAGGCAUCAGUGAAGAAGUCACCUCGCAAGGAAUAUCAACAGGCUGCUACUACACAUGCUACCGAAUCAAAGACGAAUGCUUGCAUCAUCAAGUCUUCCGAGAUAGCUGGCAAGCACUACAUAGACUUCAACGAUUGGGCAAUAUUGAACGAAGGAGACACUUUGGAAAUUGAGCUUCAAGUCAAUAGGGCGAAUGGUUUUACAGCUGCUCCUCCAAUUAUGGCAAAAGCUACGUUGGACACCAUUCACAGUAACAAUAACCCAUCAAUGGAAAGCUUGUUCAGAAACUUUAAAUAUGAAAGAAAAAAUAAUUUUCAAGGUUUGAAUGUAUCGCCUCUCAUGUGUAUGAUAAAAAGCAUCGAUUAUGAAUUGAACAAUUAAUUAGAAACAUUAAAAAAUUUCGUUAAUUGUUUAAAGCCUAUAUGAUUUCUAUGUUGCAAAACUCGUCGUGUAUUAAUUGAAAUAUAGGUGUAAUUAUUUGUUUGAUUAAUAAAUAAUUAAAAGUGGAAA